AUGGAGUGUUCUCGCCAGCGCAUUUCCUACGCUUCAUGGCGUCUACGAGUCUUUCGGCAUUUAUUCGUGCGUCCGACUACCCUCAGUCCGGUUCCAUCUCGCAGAAACCUCUCCUCGUCCAAACAACAUCUCCGAAAAAAUGACCAUGACCUCGACAAUGAACCUUCCAUUCGCCCCUCCCAACUCCUCCCCAAAUCCCCCCUAGCCUCAAUCCCAACUGAAAAGAAACGCAAACUCCGCGCACCACCCGAACGAUUUCAAGAACUCUCCCGAAACCCAUGGGCAAUGGCGCUCGCCUCCCCACUCCGAAUGUGCACUGUAACAGGAACAAGAGUCCCCAAGGCCUUUUUAGGCGACUGGGGUAUGAUACGACGCUCCGACGCCGCAGAUCCAGAGAAACUAUGGAUAAUGCCAGUUGGAUUGUUGAAAGAUGAGCUUUCGCGGACAUUGAAGGGACCGUUGAACUUCCUCAAACUCCGGAUCGUUGAUCGUCUUCCGCUGCUGAAGCAGCUUACGAGACCGCUCAGUCGGUCAACCGGUGGGAAGAAGUCGCCGCUUGUGAAGUUGGUUCCGCAGCGAUGGAAGCAUCCGUUUGGGCCGAUGACGAGUCGGGAAGAUAGACUGUUGGUUUGGAGGGGAGAUAUGCCGGAUUUUGUAUUUGGGCGGUUGAGGAAGGAUGCUUUGAAGAAGUUGAAGAGGGCGGGUGAUGAGCAUGAACAGGGAAAGGAUAACAACAGUCGGGUUUGGAGUAUUGUUGGAUUGGAUGGGGAAUCUGGGGAGGCUCUGGUUGAGGCAUUAAAGAGCGUUGAGACCAUUGAGCGUAUGAGCUCUGGUGCAGUGUUGGUCAUGGGCCAGACAUCUCAGACUGAUUCUCAGUCUAGAGAGAUUGAAGGACCCCAAAAGCUGGUUUCGAACUUUCCAGACUAUGUUACCCUGCCUCAAGUCCAGUCGAAGGUUCCGGUAUUCGAUAUUUCUGUCCUCUUGUCUGAGAGUGACAUGAGAGAUCUCAGAGCACAUGACCAGCGUUUUCAGACUAAAGCUCUGUUCCUCAGACCCGAUGAUUCGACCUCCGUCGACGCGAUCCUGGCAUUGUGGAAGCUGAAAGGCUUCAUUCGACAUGACGAACAGUAUAGACCCUAA